AUGACAAUCGUGACAAAGCGUCGCGAAGAUACCACGAAUGACAUAAAUCCCAAUGUAUAUAAACGAUUGCGAGAUUACAUCCUUGACAUGGAGUUACGCAAGGCGCCAGUCGAACGUCGAAUAUUUAAUCUCAAGAAGAAUGGCUUUAAAAUCGACGUAAAGGUAGUUCCAUCGCCUAGAAACGAUUCCAUGAAAAACAAGGACGACGAUUAUUUUCCGGAGUUUCCCGUAAAGGACAUAGGCAAAUGCGUCGUUGAAUUUUCGCUCGGCUGCAUCAGGAAACGUUUCGUUCGUUUCUUGGAAACAAUAACUCGCCUUGAUGAAAUUACCUUGCUCGGACAAGACAUGAAAUUGGUGAAAAUCAGAACAAUAAAUAGAUCGGACGGUCGAGCUAUGAAUAAUACGGAUGUCAGCAUUGAACGUAGCUUGGAUGAUUUUUUCAAUUCUUUCACUCUGCGUAUCACGUUGCCUCGAUGGAAUAAACGUGAAAAGAAUCAGAUCGAUUUAAUGUACGACGAAACAGCUGUAGCGGAAGGACGAGGUAAGAAAGACAAGUGUGGCGGAGGGGGCGGAGGUAAGGGUCAUGGCAAAUGUCAGAUGAUGAUGAUGGGCAUGAUAAUGAUGGUCAAAAUGAAGUUAAUAGGAUUGAUGGCAAUGAAAAGUAUGAUGAUGGGCGGUAUGUCUCUAAUGCUUUCCAUGAUGAUGUUGAUGAGCAAAUUUGGAAAGGGCGGAGGCGGAGGUGGCGGUCCAUGGCAAGGCGGUGGAGGAGGAGGAGGACAACUCAAAGAAAUUGUACUGCUUACGAAAGCCUCGGGUGGUGGUGGCGGUGGCGGUGGCGGACCUAGUGAUAGUUAUGGUGCACCUCCACCAAGUAGUUAUGGUCCCCCUUCAGGAGGAGGCGGCGGCUAUGGGGGCGGUGGGGGCGGAUGGGGUCGCAGCUUCCACAAACGGCCGAUGAUGUUAUCGUACGACAAAGUGAUCAAGGACGAGACCGCAGAUGAUGGAUCUAAUCGCAUCCCGAUGAUAGGAGAAGCUAUGUCGGAUGCGGAGAGUAUUGAUUAUCCGGACUAUCAGGACUAUCAAAAAUCACCAUCAGAAAUAAGCUCAAAUUCUAUGAUUUCUAAUUUGAAUAUAGCAAACUAUAAUACUUUCCACGAAUAUGAGAACGCCAAUGUAACUGCUGAUUCGAUAAAAAAUAAUCCCAAAGAAGAAACAACAGUAAAUACAAAGGAAAGAAGUUUCAUCUUUAACAGAAAUCCAUCUAUCAAUCUCGUUAAUGUAAACGAGAAAAAUGUUGAUUCUAUAACAAGCACAAAUCAACCUGAUGUUACUCAUAAAAAAGAUAUGACUUAUGAUGAAUGGCAGGCUACAGCUGAAAAAAUAAAUCAUAAUAAGGUUGCGUCAAAUUCAAAUGUAAAAAUUGAAUUACAGACCGAAUCGCAUUCUAAAAAUGUGCCUUUGUUACGUGGAAUUUAG